AUGUCUCAAGAUGAAUCACCAGCUCCAACUACCGACGACCAAAUAAGGUUCUCACCUGGAAGGUCCGACAGUAACGGCAUCGCAGCUGAAACAAACUUCAAUCCAAACUCUGUGUGUUUACUGCAGGAGCUGGCGAUCCAAAGAGGUUGGCGUCUACCUGAUUACACAGUUUUGACGGAGUCUGGUCCGUCACACCACAGGGAGUUCACGGUUGCAUGUAAAAUUGAGUCGCUGACAGAAAAAGGUGUUGGAAGUUCCAAAAAAACUGCAAAAAGAGUGGCUGCAGAGAAAGUGGUGGCAAAACUUCAAAGUUUGUCAGGAGGUGCAGAAAUCACAUGGACUCCUAAACCGAGCGUUCUGUUUGAGAACAUCAAGAACUCCAGGGCGGAGAAGAUCUCCUCACUGAGGGGAAACCCACUGAGCAUUCCCAACACAGACUACAUCCAGAUGUUGUUGGAGCUUUCUAAAGAGCACAGCUUCGAGGUCACAUACUUUGAUAUAGACGAGCUGACGGUGAACGGUCAGUACCAGUGCCUGGCAGAGCUGUCCACCGACCCCGUGACCGUGUGUCACGGCACCGGCAUCUCCUGCAGCAACGCUCACAACGACGCGGCGCACAGCGCACUGCAGUACAUCAAAAUCAUGGCUUCCAGCAAAUAAGCACAUCAUCGACAGAUAUUCAUCACCUGGUCUUGAAG